UGCGCACUGGGCAUCAAAAGCGCAGAUAGAAGCAAAACAAUGUCACAAAAAAGGACAUAUCCUUCAGGUGCAGAAAAAAGGAAGAAGAAGAAAGUGGAAGAGGAGAAAAAAUGUCAUGAUAAAGGAGCAUUGUUAAAAUACUUUGGAGGCACAGAAUCAGCCCAGAGCCAGUCCACAUCCUCAGGCUCAACUGUGAGUGAUGAAUCAGGUCCAUCUCCAUCCACUACAGUGCUCUCUCACAUGCCUCCAUCCCCUGUGCCCACUGUCCCCUCCAUGUCUGAAACCACAGCUGAUUUAUCUAGUACCGCAACUUCCACGUCAACGUCCCCUUCACACCAUGGACCAUCAUCAGCUCCGCCAGUUGACCCAGCUGAGUGGCCUUCUUUCCUCUCAGAUUCAGACAGGACUGAGCAAAGAAACUUUGGCCAUUUAUCCAUCAUUUCUGCCCUCGUUCCUCUUGAUGCAUCAUCUGCCGGGUUCUUCUUUGAGCCAAUAUAUCUCCACUGA